ACACACGUUCCCUCGCGCAGCCGUGCGCGCACACGCAAACCUCGCCAAAGCACUGCACAGGAGCCCCCGACAGUGCCCGUGCUUGCUUGUGCUCCGUGCCUAGCGCCUCUGCUGCUCCGCUGGACGAUUGCGCAGAGGACACCUGGCGCACAGCCGUUCAUUGCAAGUGAUCCCAGUGGUAAAUGCUCGUUUUAACCUCUCAACUUUUUGCAGCGUGACUGUUUUGUUUUUUUGGUUGUAGUUUUGUUUUUUGGGUUGUUUUUUUUACUAAAGGCACCUGCUCCGAGACCAAGGGUCUAUCAGGGUAAAAGAACCCUGUAGAGCCAGGCGUUUGGCUUCCAACUUAGGGCUUGAUGACACGGCUAUUCGCGACAGGUCUGGAAAGUUGCUUCGUGUGAGGAAGCAUGUGCGCAAACUUUAAAAGCUUUUUUAUAAUCGAGAGACAGUUUUUCAGAAUGAAGGCAGGUGAGUCACCCGUGGCGUGAGGGGCGAAAAGAGCUCCUCGGCUCUCCAGGUACUGGCAAGAAAAGACAAGAGAGAAGAAGUCGUGAUCUGUGCGGUGGAUAGCGCUACGGAGGACGGAGGGAACGGACCGAUGAGACAAUAUGGGUCCAUUGCUGUGUGAUGGACGACUGACACACCUCCUCUUCCCUUUGCUUCUUCUCUUGCGGGCUCCCCUGUUAUUCAGUUUUGGUGAGCGAACAUGCCCCAAUAGCUGCCGAUGUGAGGGAAAAACUGUCCAUUGUGAUUCAUCUGGAUUUUUAGAUGUUCCAGAAAACAUCUCAGUAGGCUGCCAGGGCCUUUCCCUGCGAUACAAUGAACUGCAUACGCUGCUACCAUAUCAGUUUGCUCACCUCAGCCAGCUUCUCUGGAUCUACUUGGACCACAAUCAGAUUUCAGUUGUUGACAGUCGAGCGUUCCAGGGGGUCCGCAGGCUCAAAGAGCUCAUACUGAGCUCCAACAGGAUUACAGCCCUACACAAUUCAACAUUUCAUGGAAUUCCAAAUCUUCGAAGUCUGGACUUGUCCUACAACAAAUUAGAAAUCCUACAGCCAGGUCAAUUCCAUGGCUUACGAAAACUACAAAACCUUCACCUACGCUCCAAUGGUCUCUCCAACAUCCCAAUUCGAGCAUUUCUGGAGUGUCGAAGUUUGGAGUUUCUGGAUUUGGGUUACAAUCGAAUCAAAGCUCUUACCCGUACAACUUUUCUGGGUCUACAGAAGCUGAUGGAGUUACAUCUGGAACAUAACCAAUUCUCUCGGAUCAACUUUUUUUUGUUUCCACGUUUAGCCAACCUAAGAUCACUUUAUCUGCAGUGGAAUCGAAUUAGGGUGGUCAACCAGGGUCUGCCAUGGACAUGGUAUACACUGCAGAAGCUUGAUCUGUCUGGAAAUGAAAUUCAGACCCUGGACCCAGCUGUGUUUCACUGCUUGCCCAACCUGCAAGUCUUAAACCUGGAAUCCAACAAGCUGUCCAAUGUGUCUCAGGAGGCAGUGUCAGCAUGGAUCUCACUGACCUCCAUAAGUCUUGCUGGCAAUAUUUGGGAUUGUGGAACUGGGAUAUGCCCACUUGUUGCUUGGUUGAGAAAUUUUCGGGGUAGUAAAGACACAACAAUGAUAUGCAGCAGCCCAAAGUAUCUCCAGGGAGAAAAAGUCAUGGAUGCUACAAGGAGCCACGGUAUUUGUGAGGAAACCGAUUACAUUCUGACUGAAACACCUUCACCAACAUCAGAGCUCAUUUCUGAAGCCACUGCCGAACCAACCUUUGGCCCCACAAGUGGCAUUCCACCUAUGCCACCGACAAGUACCUUUGGUCCUCUCCCACCAUUUAGACCUCGACCCAUUCCUCAUCCUACCUUUCCCGGGCAUAUGAGCAAAGAUCCCAGAGACUCAGUGGUUCGCCCUCGACCCACUCACAUACCACCCCCAGAGAUAGAGCACAUGACUCUGCACAAAGUGGUUGUGGGCAGCGUAGCGCUCUUCUUCACCAUGUCGUUAAUCUUGACAAUUUUUUAUGUUUUGUGGCGGCGCUACCCAGGUGCAACCAGGUUGCUGCAGCAGAGAUCCAUGGUGGGACGGAAGCGUCGCAAAAAGAGUCCAGAGCCAGAACAGAACCUCAGCUCCCAGCUACAAGAGUAUUACAUGAGCUACAAUCCUGCUGCAACACCGGAAGCAUUGGAGGUGCUAGGCAAUGGCACCGGUUCCUGCACUUGCACAAUUUCUGGCUCCAGGGAGUGUGAGGUAUGAUCGAUCGCAUCAGCCUAAAAAUAAAAACUCAAAAUCAAAAUACAAGACCCAACAGAGAGAAUGAGUAUACAUGUCCACGCCCCCUACCCGGUGCCUGGUUGGGAGAUUUGCCUACCAUCCAUUAACCCUCAAAAGGACUGCUUUCGGAUGAUGCAGCAAACCACAGAGACGCAAGGAGAUAGACAUAUGCAGAGAACCCACCAGGAUCCUACUCCCAUAGUUCACAUUUAAGGACACUUUAAAAUGGCAUUCCACGCUAACAAAGGCAACCACGGACCAACACAAGGAGAUACUACUGUCUUUUUUUUUUCUUAAAAUUUUCUAAUGUCUUUUUUUGGCCUGUGGUCUUUGGUCAUUGGCUUUGCUGCGUUCCAUCACAUCGCUUCAUCACUACACAGAUACUGACACUGAUGAUUGUGAACAUACAAUCUUACUGUAUGUUGUACAGUAGACCUUUUGAUGAAAACUCAUGAGAACUAACUGGAUGAUUAUGAACAACACCCGAGCUUAUUGUAUAGAUAUUAACAGCUUAUUGUCUCCAUGAGGACAACGAGGCACUGUACAAAUUCAAGAGGCUUUAAAAAGUGUAAACCGAGCAAUGAGUCGUCAAUGAAAAUGCACUGAACAAGUAACGGUGAUUGCUCUGUUAACUAAUCUGUGUAUAAUUUAAAGUGGGCUUGCAUAUUUUGUUUCCAUAUGAAGCAUCAUUCUGUCAUUUUUCACUUUUUUACUUUUUUUUUUUUUAAGAAAGACUAUUCAAAGGCUAUGAUGUAAAUGUGCCUCACUGGAGCAGAAAAUUUAUGGAACGAGUCACUGAGUUUUUAAGCACCUGUCAGUAAAGAGGAAGUCUGUCGUCUUCUGUCGGUGGAAAUUAAGUAAGCAGCUGGAAUCUCCAUUUGAAGCUUGUGGAAAAUUGCCUGAAGAAAGCAAACUAUUCCCCAGCCAGUAACAUUUGGUGAAGAUGUUUGUUUAUUUGCUUUUUUUAAAUUAUUUUUUUAAGUUGUCAUUAAUUGCAAUCAAACUUCGACUGUCUUGUACGAUUUGGAGGACAGCAAGGGCAAUCAAAAGCAAAUGAGGGGAUAAAAGAAAAAAAAAAGGUCCUAUCAAGGAUAAAAUGUGAUUUUCUGAAAUUAUAAUGUCGUUAACGUUGUACUUUAUAUAUAUAAAUAUAUAUAUGUGUUUCUGCCGUUUUCAUUGACAAAUACCAAAGAGCCAAAUGGAUACUUCUUGGCUUUUGGCUCUCCCAAACAAGGGCCCUAACAGAUCCAGGAAUGGUUCUUCUAAAUGAAAUAACCCCCCCUUCCCCCAAAAGAUCUUAAACUAGCCUCAACACCCCUGACGUACAGCAGUGCUCCAUUACUGAAUCGGCUUUUCUCAUGUGUAUAAUGUGUAUGUCUUUGUGGAAAAAAAAAAAAAUCUUACAAUUACAGUCUUCAUAAGGAAGAUAACUCUGAGCACUGCUUUACAUUGUAUGACUUUUGUUUAAUACAUGCUUCACUUUCCUUAAGAUAAUCAGCCCGCCUCUCUCCUCAAAGGAGAUUGCAGAUGUUGCUGUGUGUAGUUCCUGCGUGUGCUUGUGUUUCAUUCGUUUUGAGUUUGACACACCGAGUUUUGGAUUGUUUGUUUUGGACCUUUCGACAUAACCUUUCUACGGCAGAAAAUGAUAAUUUUCUAUUGUAAAUUUCUGUCCCUCCUCCCUUGAAUUUGUUGAUAUUUAGUAAGCAGCUGUAUUCUUUAUUCACUUUCGACAGUAUGUUUUAUAAAGAAAAUAAUGACUUUAUUGGUGAGCAAUAUGAAUUGGUUCAAUUAAAAUAUUCAUUAAUCAUU